AUGAAAUGCUCAGUUGUGCCAUUCGUUCUUUCGCUGGCCUGCUGUGCGAGCUGUGUUACCGUCUCUACCACCGAGGGUCCCCUGCAAGGUCGAACCAUGAAAGUACUCGAUAAGGAGAUACAAGUGUUUCUGGGAAUUCCCUACGCUAAGUCACCUAUAGGGAACUUGCGGUUCACGAAGCCGCAGGCUCCACAGCCAUGGCAGGGAAUGUACGACGCAACACGCGCCAAGAAAUCGUGCAUUCAGCCUCCUUAUCCAGGUAUUUUCGACUUACCCACAGGGAUAUCCGAGGACUGCCUCUACCUGAACGUUUGGACUCCGUUGGCUUCAACGCGGUACGGGUUUCCCGUCUUAGUUUGGUUCCACGGUGGCAUGCAUCGAGCAGGCUCGGCUUACGAAGCCAGGUAUAACGGUUCUGCUUUGGCAGCGCUCAAUGACGUCGUGGUCGUCUCAUGCAACUUUCGCCUGUCUGCACUGGGCUUUUUGGACCUGAAUCAUACCUUGACUCCCGGUAACUUGGCCCUGUGGGACCAACGUGCCGCCUUGCAGUGGGUGCAGCGGAACAUAGAAGAGUUCGGUGGAGACCCCGAUAGGGUCACAGCCUUCGGCGAAAGCUCGGGUGCCAUGCAGCUUCACGGCCACAUUUUGUCACCGCACAGUCGCGGGCUUUUCCACAGGGUGUUCUUGAUGAGCGGUGCUAUGAGUACCACUCCUGCGAGCAUUCUGCGGCCGAGAACACUGCUAGCGUGA